GAAUUCAGUGGCAAUGUUUCAUCUUUUGUCAAGGCAAGGCCUAGACUGUUUAGAGAACAGCAUAUCAGGGCCUGAAUAACAAAACGGAGUCAAGAAUUAGGUGAAUAUGUACACUCUGUGCCCCGAAGAUGAUGAGACUGAUGAAGUAGAGGGUCCCAAAAAGCCCCCUGACUCAAUUCUCAGGGGGUCGACCCGGGGCGGUCCAGAGUAAAGGCCACAGGGUGGACACAUUUGGGAUUGGAUAGAUGGUAUUAUAAGAUGUAAAAUCUCAGGCACAGCGGCCGCGCAUCGUGUAACAUAAUUGGCAUAAUUAAACCCUUUCCUUAUCUCAUCCCUAAUUAACUGCUCUGGAGUAUUUUUUUAGCACCAACAUCUCCACGGCAUCAGCUGGUGGCCUGUACGGGGAAACCUGGACUGGAACUUCUUCAGACUGGAAACUUUCAUUGAACAGGAAUUCCUCAUCAAACUGGCUUUUAUCUGAGAUAAUUCCCGCCCCGGUCUGAGAAGCCCAGCUCCACAGAACCCACGGAAGCAAGCAUGUAGCGUAGAGGUGAGAUAAGAAAAGAGCGAAUAAGGAAAAAGGUACCUUCCUCAGUUAGCAGCUGCGGGAAAGUUUGUGUUCCCGGGAGAUAGGGAACAUGGGUGACUGGAAAGUUAACUUGAAGACUUGGGCCCAUAUAGUUGUGGAAGUUGCUUUCCAGUCAGCGGACGGGUGGUUCGCCAACCCAGGUCAGAGCGGGUUUCAGCCUAGGGCUGUUUUUUUGGAAGGGACGCUUUCCGGUGUGCUCUGACGCUGUGGGGGAACCAGUGGGGCUCCAGAGUCAGUGUGACUUGGUAGAAUAGCUGAGAGGUUAUGGUAACAGCUUGGUAACCCUAAGGAAGCAAGUUCAAAUCCCAGUGUGUGGUUGUGAUCUGUUCUUGUUUUGUAAUCAUGGGUUGUGUGGAUUCAAAAGUUGAGAUCCCUAAAGAAUCCCCCCUGAGAAUGGUUUUGAAGUACUGGAAGAUUUUAACCGGUCCCAGUACAAUUUUAAGAAAGGAAGAACUUUGCAGAUGAGAGGAGUGACUUGGCUGGAAUUCGGUUCUUUUGAGCUAGACACGGUGUUGAAAUUAAUUUCACUCCUCAAUGCAGAACAGAAAUGGGAAGAGAUCAGGUAUGCAGAAUUGUUCAUGUUUCUGUUAACACGCCCUGGAUUGAGAGAAGGAGAUAAGAAGAACGAAAGUUCAGGAGAGAUGGAAAAAUCAGAAAUGGCUUUAGGAAAAGGGAAAAAGAAAGAUCGAGUUUUAUUUAAAAACAUGGGAAAUGGUGAUUUAAGUGUGUUAAUGUCACCUAAUGAGAGAGAAAACAGCCCGGAAGAAGCCGGAGCUGCAGGACCGGCUCCUGCUGAGCAGGAAGGAACCAUUGAAGGACUCCCUGGUGUGGAUCUGGCCACACCGGGAGGGAUUAGGCAAAUUAAGGCCUCCGGAGGAGUUAGCUCGGGUCUGGCGGGAGUGAGUCCUGUUGGUUUGGCUGGAGCAAGCACAGAGGUGCAGAUAAGAUCUGUGAGAUCAGCUUUUGUUGAAACUGCUUUUAGUGCAGCAGAGCAAAGCGGGAGUCAUGCAGAUGCUGUGGGGCUAGCUAGCUCAGAAAUAACAUCUAGUUUGGUUGCAACAGGAGUAACAGCAGGAGAGACUCCUGGCCCCACAGGGGCAAUGGAGGCGGGGUCUACCCUGCCUGUUCCAGUGAGCAUGGAAGCAGUCUGUAGCUCUGCUGCUGCUGACAGCUUUGCCGGAGCAGACAAAGUUGUCAUGGUAACAGCAGAGGUGAGUGCGGGAGUAGCAGAAUGAGUAAGAGCUGAAGUUGAUAGUUCUACCAGUGAUGGGACAGGAGCUAUGAAGGCUGAAAAGUUGGCUUUUACUAAGGUUGCUUUUGGCAUAGUAACACCAGAGAAAGUUGCUAUAGAUGCGGCAUCUGUUGUAGAAACAAGGGAGAUUUUAGAGGUCACAGCAAAAGCGCCGCUGGAAUUCGCCAGUGUAGGGAUGGCGGCAGGCGUAAGAGUUGCUGAUUUAGACAGUGACAGUAAAGUGAAGGCGUCAGCCCCAGGGGGGGCGACGGCCCCAAAUGUAGGGGUGUUUGUGAGAGCGAGUAGCCCAGCACCACAGAUGGGUGCAGAGGCAGUUGAUUCUAUCGGUGGCGAUAGUGACAUGAGAACUGUAAGAAUGGAGCUGCAUGCCCCGAGUGCAAGAGAGACACCAAAGUUUGCUGCAAACACAGCAGGCUGUACUGUUGGAGAGGCGAUUAUAAGAACAGCUGUUGCCGCGGCAAUGGAACUCCCAGCUCAGAGAGCAGAGGAGGUUUCUGGAAUGGCCGUUACCACGGCGACAGAACUGGCUGGCGUGGUAAAAAGAAAAGUGUUGCCUGUGUCUAAUACAGUGAGAAUGCGUGUAAAAGGGAAAAACCAGGCAAAGUUUGUCCCAGCUAUACUAACAGGUGAGAAAGGAGGAGAAGAUCCGGGGACAGAGAAAGCGAGAUUAGAGCAGAGAGCGAUCCUGAAGUUUAAAACUGUGGCGAGCACAGUAAGGCGGGAACAGGAAAAACUAAUCCCAGUUGUUGCUCUGACUAAUGAGAAGGUUUUGUUUCCUACUAGUGUGGUCCAGGCAGAGACGGCAGAUGCGAGUGCCGCGAAAACUAUGGGACCGUUGGGCGCGGCAGCACGAGAGAGAGCUGGGGCCACUGACUUUGCAGGGGUGGCGGGACCCAGCUCUGCCCCUGCUGUUUCAGGUACCGCCCCAGGUGUGGCAGGCAGAGAUCAGGUCGUAGCAAAGACACCGAGAACUACGAGAAAGGCUAGGGCAAAGAAAAUAGAUGGGAGUGUGGAGUCUCCUCUGUCCAUGCUGGCUGGCGCGGGGGGGUGACUCCUUCCCCUGUAACAGCUAAUCCCAUGCAAGCAGCUGCAGUAGGUGUGAGUGUCGCGGAGAUUUUAAAGCCACCUGACGACUCUACAGUUGUCAUAACAAUAAAAAUGCCUGCUCCCAUAACAAGCGGAGCAGGGCCGAGGGCGAGAGCGGCCAGUGCCCAGCCUACCCCAAUGUGUAGGAAAGGAAGGGGAAAAUCACGUGACUGUCGCAGGCACCGGCACCGCUCUGUAAGCGCAGGGGCAGCGUUAACCAUCGGUACAGAAAGAAUAAGCCCAACUGCAGAACAGUCAAAGUCUGGGUUUGGUACAGGAGCUGCUGCCGCCUCUGCAGACGGAGCGGGGGCCACAGCGAGUGCACAGGCAAAUCAUUUCCUGGCUGUGGCCAACACAAGCAGAGCUACUCAUGGCACCUUGGCGGCUGUGGGCAGGAGACCGGCUGGGGGUGCAGAGGCUGCAGGAGAGCCUAGAGCGAUGUCUGUGGCUGGAGUCCCAGCCCAGCCUAAUGCGGGACCCUCUGGCUCUGCCAUUAGGGGCGGAGAUGGAGUCGUUGCUCCCCCUCUGGGCCUCCCAAGCCUGCACAGUCCGUGCCCUCCCACUGUACUGAAAAGGGGGGGGGGACAUUCAGUGUACAAUUCCAACGAUCACAAAAACUAAAACCUGCUGGUGCAAUAUAUGUAAUAAGGUGAUGCUUUGAAAACUAUGGGAGCUAUCUAAGUCUAAAGGGAAAGAAACUGAUUUGUCCCCAAUAAACAAAACUAGAAAAAGAAACUGUCUAUUGACCCUUGCAUCCCUUGUCUUUUAAAACUGUCACAGGCUCAUAACCUGUGAAAGAAUAUUCCUACCCUAAUUCAGUAAGGGGGGAAUACUGUUUUGUUUUAAAUAUAAACUAAUAAUGUGUCAGAAGUUAACUGUUUACAGAUAGUUUGUUCCAGCAAGCAGACCUGAAAGCUGUGCCAAAAUUCAAACUGAAGAGCCAUGAGAAUAACUUUUAUGCAGAAGUAGACAAAUGUCUUAACUGCAAAUGAAAUACAUCAAGACCAAAGGGUAUUAAACUGCAAUAAGACCAACUUGCACUAAAGGUGCCUGUCCUGGGCUAUCCCACAGGGAAAUGUCCAGGCCCAGAGGAGGAAUGUUACCAAUACUUUUCUUAAUUUCGACAUCAAAGGCCUGGUAAAGGAGAUCCCCACGGUUACAAUUGGCUCCAAUUAUUGUCUAAACUGUGUUGCAACAAUACUGUUAUUGAUGAAGGUAAUGAAGUGCUACUUAAAAUUGGAAGAAUGGUAUUGUAUUGCUUUCCCUGUUGUAGAAAAGAUUGCACCUCAAGGGGACUCGCUGGAACUUUGGAAAGGGCUGCAGACAGGCCAGUCCCUGGGUGGCAUGGAGCCUGUGUAGAUUUUGGUAAAUUAGUAGGAUGUGUGUCACCUCCCAUUAAUUGGGAGUUCACGCCAGAACAGAUGUUUGAUUCUGGUGAGAUGACCCGCUGUUUAACAGAAGGGUGUUUUUCCUACGAGGAUUCGAAUAUGCGAUUCUCCGCUUUGUGCUGGGGCCCGGCUAGUGCUUAUGGAGCUGCUGUAGACCACUUUCAAAAGGUUAAGGCUGGGACCAGAGCUCAAACUAUGCCACCUGAGACCAGUGAUGUUCCCGUUGAGUCCACAGGAAGUGAGGCCAAAACACAGCUUAAAGUCAAUGCCGUUUCUACUAAGUCCACUAGAACUGGGACUCAAGCUAAAAGCCGGAAAGUCAUCGUUGCCCCUAUAAAGAAGAAAAAGGGUAAGGGUAAGGGAAAUUGCAGAACCUACAGACCCAUCUCCGCGACUGGAAUGCACAGAAGAAGAAGAAGAAAGAGGAGAAGAAGAAGAAGGAGCGGAAGAACCUAUCCAAUCCACGCAGGAAGUAGCAGACGAAGGAGCAGCAGCACUGGACGAAGGAGCGGCAGCAGUGGAUGAAGGAGUGACUACAAGCAAGGAAGGAGCGACAGCAAUGGAUGAAGGAGUGACUGUGAGAGAGGAGGAAGUGGCUGUGACAGAGGAAGGGGUGACUGCAACAGAAGAAACAGCUACCAGAGAGGAAGAAGCAGUUGCAAGAGAAGGGACGCGCCCAAAAGAACUAGGGGCGUGUCCAAAGGAAAGUAGAGCAGUAUCAAGAGAAAAAAAUGCAACAGUACAAACGACCCGUAGUAUAUUGUCACUCGAUGAUUUAUAUCCUGACUACACAUUCAGUGUUUCGAAAGAUGCAAAGAAGGGGCCAAAGCGUUCCUCUCAACCUGAGGAAGAAUUAUCCCUACCUCUCAGACCCAACCUUCUCUUGGAGGCGUGGAUGAUUGGAUUAGGCCCUUAUCUUGGCACCUGAAAGACUACUCACUACCUCCACGAGCUGGGUAUGGCGAAUGACAUAGAAUUCCAUCCCCGCAGUAUGAAUGACGUAGAAGUCCAUCUCUGCGGUAUGAACGACAUAGAAGUUCAUCCCCAUGGCGUGAACGACAUAGAAGUCCAUCUCCAUGGCGUGAACGAUGUAGAAGCUCAUCGCCACAGCAUGCCUAGUCCCCACCUCCACGUGAGAGAUACAGAGAGGAGGCGGGAGCGGCUCCACAUAAGAGCGGAAGAAUAAAGAGGAAAGUGGAAAAGAUUCUACGCAGGAGAGAUGGACAGGAAAUAAUGCGAGAAAGUGAAAUUACACAAUCACUGACCACAAGAGAGCUUAGAGAUAUACGAAGAGAUUACAUUCACUUGCCUGGUGAACGAAUCCUCACCUGGCUGGUGUGAUGCUGGGACAAGGGAGCUGAUAGUCACAUGAUUGAAGGUCACGAAGCACGACAAUUGGGAUCCAUUGCCCGAGACCAUGAGAUAGAACAAGAAAUGGGAAGGGAGACAAUGGAGUCCAGUCUUUGGAUCCGAAUCCUCCACACUGUGAGGGCGAGAUACCCAUUCAAGGAGUCUCUGAUGAGCUCUCCAAGAAAGUGGAACACUGCAGAAGAAGGCAUCCAAUACCUACGGGAAUUGGCCAUGCUAGAGAUCAUCUAUUCUGAUCCAGACUAUUAUGACAUCCAAGUUCCUGAGAGUGUUCCCUGCAUGCAGCCCAUGUGGAAAAAGAUAAUUAAAGGUGCCCCUAAACCAUAUACCUACUGCUUGAUAACCGCAUAUCAUCCAAAGAUGGACAAACCAAGUGUGGACACCAUGUGUUCUUGGAUAAGGAGCAUAGCAGAAAAUCUGGAAUACUCCUCCGAUCCCCUAUACCAACCCACCUACAAUAGGGAAAGAAUGGAGAGAGAUUAUGAAUACUCCAGAUAUGAGGACGACCCUAGAGAUGACAGACAUUAUAGAGAUUACAGAGAAAGGCCAAUAGAACGAUCACGACGGGAUCGAUGAAGACGACCUUGACCUAGACCUCGAUUCUGGUCUCGGUCUCGCUCACGAUCUUCAUCAUUCACACAUCGAAGGAAAGAAAACCCUAAGCGUCAGACACGUAACCAACUAUGGGCAUACUGAUGUCUUAAGAUUCUUUUAGUUUUUUGGUUUUUCUAAUUUUUAUAAGCUUUAUAAGUAGUUAUAUAGUAGAAGUAGACUUUAGAAGCAGCAGCCCUUAUUCCUUUACCCUUUAGCUCAGUAGUUUACACAUUCCUCAACUCUUACACACCCUAUUCCAUGCUCCCGUAUCGAUAUCCCCUGAAUUCCAGUAGAAAAUGUUUAGUCUCUAGUCAAAGUAGGCCCAUUUUGUUUAAGAACACUUGUGCCUUGGCCUGAACUGCAAAAGUACAGUCAAGAAUUGGGUGACCGUGUACCCUUUGUGCUCUGAAGAAGACAAAGAUGAUGAAGAGAUGGUCUCGAAAAGCCCCCAGUCCCAGUUCCAAGGGGGUGGGAUGAGGGUGGACCAAGGCAAAAGCUAUGGGGUGGAAACACUUGGGAUUGGACAGUCAAUAUUAUAAAUUGUAACACCUGUACACGGCUGUGCGCGCACGUCUUGUUAUUUCAUUAAAUCCUUUUCUUAGCUCAUCUCCAAUUAAAUUGCUUUGGAGUUUUUUUUCCUCAGCUCCUGCAAGCAAGAGCUGUUGGCCUGAAUGGGGAAAAGACUGGACCUGGACUUCUUCAGAUCGAAGAAUUGGAGGGCAUUUCAUCCUGCAAAAAUACUAAAAGCCGGCAUUUAUUUGGAGAAUUUGGAUAAUUUCCUCGCCGAUCUGAGAAGCCCUAGCUCCCUAGAACCCCAGAGGAGGUGAGGUCUAAUCAUCAACAGGACAGAGCAGAUGAUAGAUGUUCUUAUUGUAAAAAGAAGGGACAUUGGAAAAGGGAGUGCCUGGAGCUGAAGAAAAUUGAAAACCCUCUUCCCCCUCCACCGCCAGACCCCAGCUGACUGUGAGUCAGAAUGCAUGAAGAGGACCGGAAGUUUUUUCCCCAGCAGAACCUCUGGUUACAGUUAAGCUGGGGGGGGGGGGGAGGAUGUUGAAUUCUUGGUUGAUACAGGUGUGGCAUAUUCUGUAUUAAAUACUUUGGAAGGGAAACUGAGUCAUGAGACUAUAACUGUGGUAGGCGCUGCAGGGGUAAGUGAAACAAGGCCAUUUUUUAAACCUUUAAGAUUUAAAUUGGGCAAGCACUGGGUAACUCAUCAAUUUCUUUACAUGCCAAAUUCUCCUAGGCCUUUAUUAGGUAGGAAUUUAUUGGAAAAAUUAGAAGCUGAAAUUAAAUUCUGCAAGGGGGGAGAAAUAAAAGUUAUAAUUCCAGAUACUAAAUAUAUCGAGGCAGCUGCUUUCUUUAUACAGGAGAAUCAUGGAGAGAUUCCUGCAGAAGUUAAGAAUGCUGUCAUUCCUUUAGUCUGGGCCAAUGAAUACCCUGGGAAGUCUAAACAAGCUGAAUCAGUAAGCCUCACACUCAGAGCAGGAGCAUCCCUGGUAAGGCAAAAGCAAUAUCCUUUAAAACUAGAAAGCCGAAAAGGCUUAGCACCUAUAAUUGAAAGGUUUCUUAAAUUUGGCUUACUGGUAGAAUGUGAAUCCAGAUUCAAUACCCCCAUCCUACCAGUGAAAAAGGCUGAUGGCAAAAGCUAUCGGUUAGUCCAAGAUCUUAGGGCCAUCAACAAAAUAACCGAGGAUAUCUAUCUGGUGGUAGCCAACCCCUGUACCCUAUUAACCACAUUGACAGAAGAUCUAGGGUGGUUCACUGUACUUGAUCUUAAAGAUGCCUUUUUCUGCAUUCCUGUGCAUAAAGACAGCCAAGAGCUUUUUGCUUUUGAAUGGGAAAAUCCUGAGACAGGGAGGAAAACGCAGCUGACCUGGAGAGUUCUUCCACAAGGCUUUAAAAACAGCCUGACUAUAUUUGGGAACCAACUGGCAAAAGAACUGGAGGACUGGAGAAGACAGCAGCAAGAAGGAGUUGUCCUGCAGUAUGUGGAUGACGUCCUAAUUGCAGCCAAAAGCCGGGACCAAUGCAUCGAGCUCACUGUAAGUCUCUUGAACUUUUUGGGGCUAAGUGGGUAUCAAGUCUCAAGAGAGAAAGCACAGAUAGCCAAAGAGAUAGUCAUCUACCUGGGGCUUGAAAUUUAUCGUGGGCAUCAGCGGCUCAGCACAGACCGGAAAGAGGCCAUUUGCGAUCUCCCAGAACCCCACACCAUACGAGAGAUGCAGGCCUUCCUGGGAAUGGUAGGAUGGUGUCGGCUGUGGAUAGCUAACUGUGGGUUGCUAGUCAAACCUCUAUAUGAAGCCCUGUAAACAGCCAAAGAGGGAGUUGUAAUGUGGACAGAUGAGACCAGAGAUGUAUUUAAAUAGCUAAAACAAUCCUCGAUGUCAGCUCCAGCACUAGGAUCACCGGAUCUAACUAAACCUUUUGAACUGUUCACACAUGAGCAAUUGAAUGUCGCUCUGGGGUAUUAUCACAAACUCUGGGAAGCCAGCGAAGGGCUGUGGCUUAUUUCUCUAAGCAGUUGGACAGUGUUAGCCAAGGGUGGCCGGGGUGCCUGCGAGCCGUCGCAGCAACUGUUAUCCUGAUUGAGGAGGCCCGGAAGCUCGCCCUUGGGCAGAACAUCACCGUGUAUGUACCUCAUGCACUUCAAGCCGUGCUCGAACAGAAGGGAGGCCACUGGCUGUCCCCCAGCAGAAUGCUUAAAUACCAGGUUGUGUUGCUGGAACAGGAUGAUGUUACUUUGAAAACAACAUCUAUUGUAAACCCAGCUGUGUUUCUGUCCUCAACAUUAACUGACAGUGUCCCUGAGCAUGACUGUUUACAGACUAUAGAGGAAACUUAUUCCAGUGGACCAGACCUGAGAGAUGUGCCUCUGGAAAAUGCAGACUGGGAACUGUAUACAGACGGAAGCAGCUUCAUGAGUGAUGGUAAGCGCUUCACAGGGUAUGCAGUGACGACCAGAGAUGAAGUGAUCGAGGCAAAGGCCUUGCCAGCAGAUGUGUCAUCUCAAAAGGCAGAACUAAUUGCACUGACAAGAGCCUUGGAACUGAGCGAAGGAAAGAAGGUAAAUAUCUGGACUGACUCAAAACAUGCAUUUAGUGUUGUACAUGCCCACGGAGCCAUCUGGAAAGAAAGAGGACUACUUAGAGCCCAAGGCAGUGGAGUCAAGCAUGCAGACCAAAUCCAUGCACUCCUGCAGAGUAUUUGGAAACCGGAAGAGGUAGCUAUUAUGCAUUGUAGAGCCCACCAAAAGGGGAAAACAACUCCCGAGUUGGGAAAUCAUUUUGCUGAUCAAGCAGCAAAAAGGACUGCAGAAAAAGGCAUCCUGGCAAUAAUACCACAAAAAGAAAUUGAUUUAACAAAAUACACCCCUAAAUAUGAUGAGAAAGACAAUCAGUUAAUUAAAUCACUGAAAGCUGAGAUCAAGGAAGGGGGGUAGGCUGUUACCCCUACUGGACAGGUUGUAGUUCCACCACUGCUCCUUAGAGAAAUAGCUCUACAGGAACAUGAGGCUACCCACUGGGGAACAGAAAACCUUCUAAAACAUCUAAAGAAUACAGUAAUAGGGACAGGUAUGACUGAAGUUGUGCAGUCCGUGGUAAGUAGGUGUGAAAUCUGUAAGUUAAACAACCCUGAUACAACUAAGAGAGUAGUACUAGGAGUAACAAAGGCUGGAGACCAACCUGGAGAUUACUGGCAAAUAGAUUUUGCUGAGUUACCACCAUGGGGGGGUACAAAUACAUACUUGUGUUGGUUGACACGUUCAGUGGAUGGCCUGAAGCAUACCCCUGUCGUACUAACACAGCGAGGGAAGUGGUAAAAGCUUUGCUCAACCACAUAAUUCCAAGAUUUGGGGUUCCUCUAGGAAUGUCAUCAGAUAAAGGAACACAUUUUAUUGCGACAAUAGUGAAAGAAGUAUGCCGCAUCCUGGGAAUUGUCUGGGACCUACAUACCCCCUAUAGACCUCAGGCUAGUGGCAAAGUUGAGCGAAUGAAUGGUACUCUGAAAAUACAGAUUAGCAAAAUUUGUCAAGAAACAUCUAUGUCGUGGGUUCAAGCUUUGCCACUAGCUCUGCUGAGGAUUUGUAUCCAGCUGAGGUGGAGGGAUAACAUAAGUCCAUAUGAAAUACUGUAUGGAAGACCAUAUCAGGCACCACACAUACCAGGGGACAUACACAUAAGAGGGUGAGCUGAUUUACAAAAAUAUUUGAUUGCUCUAGGCUUUACUUUACAGAAGCUCCAGAAAGUCAUCGAGUUAUCCAGACCCAUAGGACUGGACACUCCUGCUCAUCCAUUCCAGCCAGGUGACUGGAUCUAUGUCAAGUGUUGGAACAGUGACCCCUUGCGAGCCAAGUGGAGAGGACCAUACCAAGUCCUGCUGACUUCCCUCACCGCCGUCAAAGUUGCUGGCAGAGAACCCUGAUUUCACUAUUCCAGAGUCAAAAGAGCACCACCUUCUGGAACAACCAGCCAAUCAGAACUGGACACCGACGAAGAAGAUGUGGCAUAGACUGUUUUUGCUGUGUAUUCUGUUUGUGCUACCGGUAACUAUGAACUGAGUUUGGGAUCAAAAAUUGCAUGUGGCCCUAGUCCAAAAUGUGUCUAAAAUUCUUCGGAAAACGGAAUGCUGGAUUUGUACGCAAGUACCAGCAAUUGAUGAUGAGGAUAGUGACUGGCCUCUAAGUGGUAUUUUACUAAAUGAGACAAACUUUGGUAAGUCUAUGAUAAAUCUCCCAGGAACCUGGAAGCCAGUUACAGAGGCUUAUUAUCCAGUGGCCCUAAGUAAUGUGAUUUCUAAUCAAAAUGUUGUUCCCUGCAUGAUUGUAAAUGCUACAGGAAAAAUUCUCCCUCCCUACUGUGAUAAAAACAAUUCAAAGGAAGGGGUAAAUCCAGAAAUAGUUGCAGGGAUGGCACAGUUCCCUUUGAGACUAAUUCCUCCUCAGGGUUCAGGAUGGUACUGGAUCUGUGAAAAGGAGGCCUGGAAAGUUUUGCCCCUUGAUAAAGAUCGUGCCUGCUCCCUAGGGGCAGUAAUCCCAAAUAUAACAAUUCUCGACCCAAUUGAUGAACAGGAAUGGGAUAAAAUCUAUCCAAAAAGAGUGAAAAGAAUCCUCUUAUUGAGCGCCCUACAAUUUUCCACAGCAUAGUCAGAGCCUUAGUCCCAUCUUUAGGAGUAAGCGAAUUGGAAAAAGCAAUUGUAAACAUUUCAGCUGUCAUGGAAAACAUUCAAGAUCACACUUCAGAUGCAAUUGAAACCCUAAAAGAACAAUUCCAAAGCUUGUCUCAUGUAGUAAUACAAAACCGAAUGGCCCUCAAUUUCUUGCUAGCCUCACAGGGAGGUGCAUGUAAAGUUAUCAACACCAGUUGCUGCUCUUACAUAGACCAGACUGGUAGAAUUAGUAAUGAUUUGGCCGCAAUUCAAAAUCAAACCAAAAUCUUGCACCAGAUAUCUCUGGAUGAUGUCUCCCUGGGUUUAGGAGAUGUCCUCCACAAACUCACUUCAUGGUUACCGAAUUGGACUUGGAUGAGACAACUGUUUAUUUUAGUAAUGUACAUACUUAGUGUUAGUAUAAUAACUCACUGCAUGUACCGAUGUUAUAGUUGUUGUAGGUGUAAGUAGUAGAGAUUGGACAAGACCUUUGGGUUUUGUCCAGUCCCUAAGGGGGGACUGAUGCCUUAAGCCCCUAUUAGUUUUUUGUGUUUCUAAUUUUUGUAAGUUUUAUAAGUAGUAGAAGUAGAUUUUAAAAGCAGUAGCCCUCACACCCUUUCCCUGUAGUACAAGUAGUUUACACAUUCCUUAACCCUCUUACCCCGUUCUAUGCUCCCCAUAUCAAAUCUACCCCUGAAUUCAGUGGCAGUGUUUAGUGUCUUGUCAAGGCAAGGCCUAUACUGUUUAGAGAACACCCAUAUCAGGGCCUGAACAACAAAACAGAGUCAAGAACUAGGUGACUAUGUACCCUUUGUGCUCUGAAGAUGGUGAAGAUGAUGAAGAGGUGGUCUUGAAAUGCACCCCAGACUCAAUUCUCAGGGGGUGGACCCGGGGCGGACCGGACCAAAGGCUACGGGGUGGACACACUUGGGAUUGGACAGAUGGUAUUAUAAAAUGUAACAUCUCAGGCACAGCUGCGCGUGCGUCUUGUAACAUCUAUUGCCUUGGCACAAUUAAACCCUUUCCUUAUCUCACUCCUAA